CGUGCCCCCCCCCCCGCCGGGGAAGCGCGGUGCCGCGCGCAGGGGCCCCGGCGCAGGCGGGUUGCUGCCCCCGCCUUCUCCUGCUGAGCCUCCGGUGCCGCCGCCCGCCCCGUCCGGGGCACCUGGUCACCCCCUGCCCUUGCCCGCCCAGGAAGGGCCCAGCGGUGCGGCCGCCCUCCUGCCCCUGCUCCUGCUGCGACGGCGGCUCCGGGCAGUGUCACUGGGCAGUGCCCGCUGGGGCGGUGCGCCCUGCUGCAGCCCCGUCGGUGAAUGUAAGCAUCAAGAGAGGAGCCAGCUUGACAGCCCUGGAGACUGACAUCCUUGUCUGCUAGAACAGGUUUCCUUGGUCCUGCUCCUUGUGCUGCUGCAAUGAGUGGGAAGUCCUUGCUUUUAAAGGUCAUUCUCCUGGGGGAUGGUGGCGUUGGAAAAAGUUCCCUCAUGAACCGCUACGUCACUAACAAGUUUGACUCUCAGGCUUUCCACACUAUCGGUGUAGAGUUUCUAAACCGUGACCUGGAGGUGGAUGGACGUUUUGUGACCCUCCAGAUCUGGGACACUGCGGGACAGGAGAGGUUCAAGAGCCUGCGAACCCCUUUUUACAGAGGGGCAGACUGCUGCCUGCUGACCUUUAGUGUUGACGACCGCCAGAGCUUCGAGAACCUAGGCAACUGGCAGAAGGAAUUUGUCUACUAUGCAGAUGUGAAGGACCCUGAUCGCUUCCCAUUCGUGGUCCUGGGCAACAAGAUUGACAAACUUGAUAGACAGGUGACCACUGAAGAGGCCCAAGCCUGGUGCAUGGAAAAUGGGAACUACCCUUACCUAGAAACCAGUGCCAAGGAUGACACCAAUGUGGCAGUGGCUUUUGAAGAAGCUGUGCGACAAGUACUGGCAGUGGAAGAGCAGCUGGAGCACUGCAUGUUGGGGCACGCAAUAGACCUGCACAGCAGCUCCAAAUCAGGAUCUUCAUGUUGUUAAUAGUGUCAGUCACUUAGAUAACACACCCUAGAACUGAUCCUUAAAUGGAACAAGUGCAAAUGGCUCUCAGGCAUACCAGGGAAUGCAGAGAGAAGAGUGGGUUGGGUUACUGACUAGAAACAGCAGUCUUUCUGUUGAACCAUGUGGAGUCCUAGGUGUAAAUGAAAGAUAUAUUAUGAGUGACCCAAGUGCAUUUGGAUGUAGCUCUGCUUCCUCCCCUUAUUCUUUCCAGUUGAUCUCAAGGACUGGGUUAACCUAACAGGCUUAUGAAUUAAGAUCGAUGCUAAGAAAUGUCCAUAAAAUGUUGUGUGCAGAGCCCUAGACGUUCCUUAAAGUAUUUCAUUAGUGAACUGAAAAAUACUCAUCCCACUAAACUCACACCUUACUACCAAAGGGAAGUUUAUUCAGUAUCCUGUAGAACAUCAAAACCAAACUGAAAGAUUUUAGCCUUGGAAAACCAUGAGAAUAUCCAUACAGUAACAAUAAAUAUGUAUAGGCCCGUUUCUUAGGACUAUCACAUUGUUUCCUGAUCUGUCCUAAUCUUCUGAAGCCUUUUGGAAGAACUUGUGUGCAAUGCUGAACCUGGGUCCUCCUGGAAGGUAGCAUGGCUCAAAAUGUUUGGAGAGAUACGAGGGUGAGAAGGGUUGCUGCCUACCUUGGUCAGUUCUAAUUUGCCAACUCUAACUUUGCUGCAUAUGGAUGUUACUUCCACAGAGUGACUGGCUUCUUGGUUACAGUUGUGCUGUUGGCUUUUCCUGUGGCGUAGCACCAGAUGCUGCUGCUCACAUCUUGGAUGACUCCCGACUGGACAUCGUCUUCAUUCAUGGACACUGACUUAGCCAUAUUAGUGUGAAGGACAAUAGACCCUCAAUGUGAACAUGGGUCUUGGUACCAUAUAAUUACCAAUAUAUAUCAUGGCUGUAGCAAAAUUGGUGAUAGAUGAACAGAGCAACUUUUCGAUGUGUAGCAGGUUGAUGAACAGACUCGUGGAUAUCCCUUAAAAACACCUUUUUGCAAGUAUGCUGGUGAAGCAGUCCUGGUCCUGAGCACAGGUCUAGGAUCCUCCAUGCUUUGUGAGCCAAAAGGCCAGUGAGCCAAAGGCCACUUGAUCUGAGAUCCCUUGAGUUGGAUGCUGCAGCUUAGAAUAAUUUCUCCAUUAUUAAAUUGCUUUCUCAAGAAUCCUGGAACAAAAGGGAUAGUGAGUGGGAGGUAACCACUGGUGAUGAGCCUCUAGUGAAUUGUCUACAAAACUUUUAAUGGUAGAGCUCUUCAGCUAAUAGGCUCUGUGUUAAUGUGGUACCUUGCUCAAGACCAUUGGGCAGGUUAGAUAAAUUUCCAAGUGGCUGAACAGUUAAAGGAAAAAAAUAGAAACACCAUUAGAAAUGAACCAUGGACCUGCUAACCCAGGGCACUGGCCUACUUAUGGUGGCCAGUCUCAAGGUAUCUGUUGGGAGCCACUGAUUCCGUGUUUGCUGGCUGCUUUGUUGUUUUUUUCCCUCUGUAACCUUGUAAUAUGUAACUUCACUCUCUCCCACAUUUGUCCAUGAUCGUGUAAUGAUGACUGUCUGUGAGCAUAUUGGCGUCUGCCUGUGGGAGCACUCUCCUGUGCAUAUCUCAGCUCGUUGCUGAGUGCAAACCAUGAAUCCCGUUGCUCCCAUGUUCGUCUUUAGCCAUAGAUGCAGUAAGUGUAAGUUACGUGGCUCAAAUGCAGCUAACUUUCUGUUCUUGCUGAGAGGUUUCCACCUUAGCAUUGGCCAGUGGGAGCUAGUGGCAAUCAUCUAAAGGCUCCUGCACUGCAGGAGAAAUGUCUUUUGCUGAAACUCAGGGUGCACCUGCCCCCACUCAGAAGGGCAAUAGUGCAUAUAAGUGACCACAACUGUAGAUGCAAAGGUCCUAUUUAGGAGGCCUGACUUCAAAGAGGUGCUAAAUACCCAUCACUCCCAUCCAGGUGAAUGGGCUUGUGAUGGGAAGUGCAUGUCUCUGGGAAAUCAGACCUAGGGUAUUCACAGGAUGCCCUUGCCUCUCCCUAGUUAUACUUUGCUUCCUCUUUUUUUUUGUACCUGUAUUUGGUAAUUCCAGUGAAGAGCCUCUUAACCUGAUCCUGUUGUGUCCAGUGGUCCUUGUUAAAGGCUCAGAAUAUAAAAAUAUUUGUGUUAAUCCAGUUUUUAAGAUAAUGUUAAGUGUGGAUGGUGCAAACAAUGUUAGGUUGCUGUUUAUAAACUGUGCUGUUGGAACCUAUCUCAUCCAGGUAGGGCAGUUGUUAAGUGGAAGCCCUAUCCUUUAGGCGAAUGGUUUUCAACCUGUGGUCCGCAGACCCCUGGGGGUCUGCAGACUAUGUCUAAGGAGUCUUUGAAACGUGACUCCAAUCAAUCAAAAGUAUGUGACUACCCUCACUUACAAUUCAAAGGGAUCCGCACCUCUAUUCAAAAUUUCCAAUGGCGUCUGCCAAUGAAAAAAGGUUGAAAACCAAUGCUUUAGUCCACACUACUUUUCUAGCCUACUUAUCGCAUGAUCUAUGUGAGCUUUGAUGCUGCCUGCAAAAAAGGACAGGUACUGUGAACCAGCUGUGAUGUAUGAGGGAGAUGCACAACAGGGUAUCUCCCAGUACCUUGAGUGCAUAUUGAUGCUAAUGGCUGAAUCCUGAAAGCCUUUAGCAUACAUAAACUGUGCAUAUAGGUUUACUAGCUGUUUGUAUAUCCUGGAAUGUGUUCUAUGCUAUCCUCUUUAUUUUUAACAAGCAUUAGGUUGAUUCUCUUUUCUUUUCUUUUCUUUUCUUUUCUUUUCUUUUCUUUUCUUUUCUUUUCUUUUCUUUUUAAACAAAACAUAUUUUAGGUGUGUAUUUUUAAACUCCAUUUUUUAAAAAUAGUGCAGUAUUUUUAUGUAUUGAAUUUGUUUAAUUUAUUUCAAACCAGUGCGCGUAUAGUUUCUGGAGAAGCCUGACUCCUCAGCUCUUCAUUGCAAAGUUCAAUUGCCAGCUGGCAUCCCAUCCUUGUAACCCCCAAGCUGCUGCAAUUGCCACUACUGCUAACAAACUGGAAUUGUGCAACCAAUAUUUUCCAUUUUAUUUAAGCAAAUAAAACCUGGCUGUGUCAAAUCAAAAA